AUCUGUGUUACUAAAUACUUUGAAUUCGCAUGACUGUGAGCUGGAAAUUGUGACAUUUGUAGGGGGAUUUUGUUGUUAUUUGGAGAAUAGUAGUCGCUCGUCGUUACACCAAAAAAAAAAGAAAAAUGAAUAGGUUGUUCGGGAAAGGAAAACCGAAAGAGCCCCCACCAAAUUUGACUGACUGUAUAGCUGGCGUUGAUAGCAGAGCGGAAUCAGUUGAAAAGAAAAUAGCUCGACUUGAUCAGGAACUAGUGAAAUAUAAAGACCAGAUGAAGAAAAUGAGAGAAGGGCCAGCAAAAAAUUCAGUUAAGCAGAAAGCAUUGAGAGUGUUGAAGCAGAAAAAAAUGUACGAACAGCAAGUGGACAACUUGAGACAGCAGGCGUUCAACAUGGAACAGGCCAAUUAUGCAACUCAGACACUGAAAGACACUCAUGCCACUGUGGCAGCCAUGAAGGCCGGUGCAAAGCAAAUGCAGAAGGAGUUCAAGAAGCUCAACAUUGAUGAAAUUGAGGAUGUGCAAGACGAUAUGGCAGACCUGUUGGAUCAAGCGGAAGAAGUGCAGGAGGCUCUGGGACGUUCAUACGGCAUGCCCGAGAUUGAUGACGACGAAUUGGCUGCCGAGUUGGACGCUUUGGGUGACGAAAUAGCUCUCGACGAUGACACUUCCUAUCUCGAUGAUGCAGUCAAGGCCCCGACUGCUCCAGAUAAGGAACCCGGAGCUGACAGUUUGCGGAACAAGGAUGGUGUACCUGUGGAUGAAUUUGGUCUGCCUCAAAUACCUGCAUCAUAACUUUGUGAUGUCACUUGUAAACUGUGCACGUUACUUCCAAAAGAACUUAUGAACGUUUCUUGAUAUGUGAGACAGCCAUAAUGAUCGUUACAAUUAAGCAAUAUCAGCCACUCUGAAUUUGUUCAUGUGGUGAUGCCUCCUGCUAAAUAUCAGAAAGUAUAGUUGCUUGUUCUAACCAUAAAUUAAAGAGCAUUUUGAUAUGAUGACGGUUACAAACUAUGAAA